AUGGAUCCACGCGGCGCUACGCCCUCUUCUCCUCAUUCCCCUGCCACGCACACGCCAUCACACAACCGAAGGUCCACCGGCACAAGGGCGUGUGACCGGUGUCGUCGGCGGAAAGCAAGGUGCCAUUUUGCGGAUACCGGCGGCCUGCGCUGCACCAAUUGCUGUGAAUCAGGCUCAACAUGCAAAUUCGACCUGCCCGUUGCACGAAGGGGCCCCAAAGCUCGGCGGAAGAAGAGCUGCGCAGGUGGCGAAGCGGCCCGAUAUCCACUAUCCCCAGAAACAAACCCCCCCAUAGCGGAAUUGGCGGCCGCCACGUCUCCACAGGUGUAUGCUGCCAAUUCUUCAGCGCGGUGGGACUUGACGCGGACGCCCCUGAAUGACGAUCUUAAUUUAUCGCCGUCGGCUAUUCGUAGCCCGCCCGUGGCGAACGAUGCAGCUACGAAUUACCGCGUGUCGGCCCUGCAGAGGUGGCAGAGGCUAUCGAGAGAUUUAGAUUUCACCACAGGGAAUUUGGAGCAGUUGGUUACGAGGUGCUUCGAUCUGUUCUUUGAGUACCUCUACCCGCUGACACCUCUGGUACACGAGCCGAGUCUGCGAGACUCGCUUCUGCACUUCACCGGUGGCUUCCACAGACCCGAGGCGCUGGAUGGGGACCUGGGCCUGCUCGAGAUAUGGCCCGAAACAGCAUUCGCUUUGAUCACGGCUGUGUGUGCCGAAGCCGCCUUCCUGCUCCCAACGGAUCUCUUUCCGGAGGGACAGUCCGUGGCCUAUGGGUUUCUCGACGCUUCUCGCGCAUGCUUGAACCAUUACUUAGAGGCGGACCUCGAGAACCCCAACGCCAAUUCCAUUACAAUUCGGUAUUUCCACUCCAAUUGUCUGCACGCGGCGGGCAAACCAAAGUACUCUUGGCACAUAUUUGGCGAAGCCACGCGGCUUGCCCAAGUCAUGCAACUAAACCAAGAGUCCUCACUGGAGGCCCUCCUGCCCAUUGAGGCGGAGCUGCGUCGCAGGGCGUUUUGGAUCGUGUACAUGGGCGACAAGUCUGCCGCCAUUCUCAACAACCGCCCAAUCACCAUUCACAAGUUUUCCUUCGAGUCUGGCAUCACCACAGCGUAUCCCACGGGCGUCGAAGACGAGGAGCCGAUUCUCUCGCCUGGAAAUUCUCUUUCUGCUAGUUCUGAAGUGACGCGUAAAACCUGCAUUGAGGGAUUCAACGCAAAUCUUCAGUUAUGGCAAAGCGCCUCCGAUUUGCUCCUCGAAUUGAGGUUUCUCCGUGAAAGGAAACAAAGCGAACACGCCAUCUCCAAUCAGCAGCCUCUGCUUUCUCUCACAGCCGAGGAGAAGAGCCGUCUGGACGCCAUCUAUAUCCGGUUCAUCACCUGCCUCGACAACCUGCCGCCGUAUCUCCAAUCGUACACGUUUGCGUCGUUUAUAUCAGGUUCACAAGAGGCUACGCAGGCCAAGCAAUUCCUGAUACAGUCUGCCAACCUCCAGGUCUCCGCCCACUGCCUGAGGAUGGUCAUCACGCAAAAGUUGGAGGAGUUGCCGUUUUGCUAUAGUUCGGGAAUUGAGCAUGCUGAUCUGCGCAAGACGGAGAUUGCUCGAGACAUGUUGCGUGUUAUACAAGAAGCCCCGUUUUGGUCGCUGCAGGUCAACGGCGAACCUUAUGUGGAAAAGAUCCGCUUGAUCGGAGCUAGCCUCUUGGAAAUCAUGCACAGGAGCAGGUCUUCGCCGAUUGCGGCCCGAGCCCGCAGCGAUUUUGCGGUGCUGCUGGAUCUGCUCACGCGACUGGAUUCGAAAGCAUCAGAUGCACUCCGAAAUACUUCGAUUCAAAACUUGUAA